CAGGUAGUGGCGCUUGUAGUUGAGCUACGGAGGCCUGGUUGCCAGGUUGCGGGAAAGUGUUGAAGAAGCAAAUGGAGUAAUAUGAGUCAGAGUAAUAUAGAAUCUGCAGGGAGUCUCUCAAGAUAGUUGUCUUAGGAAAAGAAGAUUUUCUAGAUUGUUCAUCAAGAUCUUCCUUUACGCAGCUGUUAAAUUCAAGGCUACUGUGGUGAAAAGUAUGAAUAAAAAUACAUCUGCUAUGCCAACAUCCAGUCUACUUGAAAAAGAUCAAGCUUUUCAGAUAAUUACAGUUAUGAAGGAAACAGGCCUGGGUCUGAAGAUCCUAGGAGGAAUUAACCGGAAUGAAGGUCCCCUGGUAUAUAUUCAAGAAAUCAUUCCUGGAGGAGACUGUUACGAGGAUGGACGUUUGAAGCCAGGAGAUCAGCUUGUCUCAAUAAACAAGGAAUCCAUGAUUGGUGUAUCAUUCGAAGAAGCAAAAAGCAUAAUUACCAGAGCCAAGUUGAAAUCAGAAUCUGCUUGGGAAAUAGCAUUCAUAAGACAAAAAUCUGAUGGCAGUCACCCAGACAAUCCAUCACGUACAUCCAUUUUGCAAGCUUCAGGAGAGUAUGGACCUCAGACCUCAACCUUCAGUCUUCUUUCUUCUCCUCCUGAAAUACUAAUUCCAAAGACCACAUCUACUCCCAAAACAAAAGAUGCCAUUUUACCUUCUUUUAAGACAAGUCAGAUAAAAACUGGAUACAAGAAAACAGAACAGACUCCAAUUACUUCCUCAGACGACAGCCCUACGGAUAUGUCUAAUACAGAUAUUGCCCCUGCCUGGACGGAUAAUUACGGACAAGGAAAGAAGAUUUCCCUAAAUCCCUCUGUUUGCCUUAAGGCAGAGAAACUGGAAAUGGCUCUAAAUUAUCUUGGUAUUCAGCCCACGGAGGAACAGCACCAAGCUUUGAGACAGCAAGUGCAAGUAGAUUCAAGGGGAACAGUGUCUUUUGGAGAUUUUGUCAAGGUUGCCAGAAAUUUGUUUUGCUUGCAGCUGGACGACGUAAAUGUUGGUGCAUGUGAAAUUUCCAACAUACCAGAGUCACAGCUUCUUACCUGUGAUUCUUUAGAAGCAGAUGAAAUGGAAAGGCUUAAGCGUGAAAGAAAUGAUGCCUUGGAAAAAGUGAAUACACUUAAGGGAAAAUUAUUUGAAUCAGAAAGGCAAAGGAAACAAUUGACAGAAGAACUCCAGAAUGUGAAACAAGAAGCCAAAGCUGUAGUUGAAGAAACAAGAGCCCUACGAAGUCGGAUUCAUCUUGCCGAAGCUGCACAGAGGCAGGCGCAUGGGAUGGAAAUGGACUAUGAAGAAGUAAUCCGUCUGUUAGAGGCCGAGAUUACAGAGCUAAAGGCUCAGCUUGCUGAUUAUUCUGACCAAAAUAAAGAAAGUGUUCAGGAUUUAAGAAAGAGAAUCGCAGUACUUGACUGCCAAUUGCGAAAAUCAGAAAUGGCUUGUAAAACUUUUGAAGCAUCCACUAAAAGACUUCUUCAUUUUGUAGAGGCUUUUCAAGAAGUAUUUUCUGAUAAUUCUGCUUCUUUAUCAAAUUUAAGUGAAAGAAGAGCUCUGUUAACUUCUCAGACUUCCCCCACACAGCUGGGGAGGAACGGACGCAAUAUUCCUGCAACCCUGAUGCUUGAAUCUAAGGAACUUGUUAAAUCUGUUCGUGCCAUACUUGAUAUGGAUUGUCUACCUUACGGGUGGGAGGAAGCUUACACAGCAGAUGGAAUCAAGUACUUCAUCAAUCAUGUAACACAGACCACAUCCUGGAUCCAUCCUGUGACAAGUGCACUGAACCUGUCUUGCUCAGAGGAGAAUGAAGACGAUUGCUCCAGAGAACUUCCUAACCAGAAGAGCUGAUGAUUUUCUAUAGGAAGCUGAGCUACGUGGUCUUCUGGCAUCUCCAACUACAUGGAUGACCUGAGCAGAUACAUAUAACACCCAACUCUGAGAUGCCACCAUCUAAAAUAGGAAUAAAGCACACACUACUUGUUGAAGUUAUGAAAUAGAGACUCUGGAUUUAGGAUAUUUUUGUAAAACUCUUUGAUGUAACUGUAUGUAUUUACAAGAUCAAUUACCACUACAGUAGUUCUUUAAGAAUAAUCUAGUUAUAUUUUUUUGAAA